AUGUGGCGCGUAUGCGAGUGUGAAGCACCGUGCUUCAAUCUAUCCCCGCCCGUCGCUCUAGCUUCCCCCACCCGUCGCCCUCGCUUCCCCCGUCCAUCGCCCUCGCUUCCCCCUCCCGUCGCCCUCGCCUUCCCCCUCCCGUCGCCCCCCCUUCCCCCUCCCGUCGCCCUCGCUUCCCCCGCCCCCCUCCCGUCGCCCUCGCUUCCCCCUCCCGUCGCCCUCGCUUCCCCCUCCCGUCGCCCUCGCUUUCCCCUCCCGUCGCCCUCGCUUUCCCCCUCCCGUCGCCCCCGCUUUCCCCCUCUCAUCCCCCUCCCAUCCCGCUCCCAUCCCCCUCCCAUCCCCCUCCCAUCCCGCUCCCAUCCCCCUCUCAUCCCCCUCCCAUCCCCCUCCUAUCCCGCUCCCAUCCCCCUCCCAACCCCCUCCCAUCCCCCUCCCAUCCCGCUCCCAUCCCCCUCCCAUCCCCCUCCCAUCCCCCUCCCAUCCCUCUCCCAUCCCCCUCCCAUCCCCCUCCCAUCCCCCUCCCAUCGCCCUCGGGGGCUGUCGUUUCCCGCCCCACCACCUUCUCUAACACUCCUGUUGCCCGUCUUUACCGUCUCCUCCGACUCUCCCACCUUCCAGCCAUGCAGUGUACAGGUCCCGGGCUUCCAGCUGCAUGCAGUGUAG